UUUCGCUUUCGUAAACUGAAUCCCUAAGGAACACUCAAGGCACGUCAAUAUUGAAGACAUCAUCAUCUGAUCAACAUUUUGCUCAUACAGGGACAGAAAAAGCCAAGGAUGGGAUGCUUCCUUGGGAGUUUGAGAGCAAAACCAUCGUUAUGUAUACUACUUUUGUGGAUACUAACAAGUUUGGAAAAAGCAGAGCUACAGUCUGUAUGGAUUUCCUCUCCUACAAAUCCAACCUCUGUCAUCGAAAAUGAGAAUCUUAAUCUACAAUGGAGCUACAAGAUUGAUGGUUCACUGACAUUUGCCAAGUUUUUUCGAAUCGGUGAUGGCCGAUCAGAGAAGCUAAUAGCUCUAAAGUCAUCGUCUAACAGCUCUAUCGAUGUGGAUUUAGCCUUUCGCGAUCGAUUUAUUUUUAACAUUUCAAAUGAUCAAGCUUUGGUUACACUUGUUGCUGUGCAACGAUCAGACAGUGCCACAUAUCGCCUUCAGAUAGCCAACCAGGAUCUGCUUGAAAUCGACAAAGAUGUGAAGAUCAGAGUCCUAUUCCAGCCAAGUAAAACAUCAAAGCAAUGCCCUGGUGCAGUUACGGAAGGUCAUACUGUCAAACUUCUAUGUAAUUUUACCGGCGACCCAUUGCCAAGUGUUGCAUGGAACAGAGCGGAUACAAGAAGGACACUUUCAAACAGUGGAGUACUGUUUUUAAAAGACAUCAAACGCAGUGACUCUGGCAUAUACGAGUGCCUUGCUUGGAAUGGAAUUGGAAACAACAGCACGGAAUUCUGCAUGAUUGAUGUAAACUAUCCUGCCCAGAUAACAGAUAUAUCUAGCAAUCAGACAGUUCAGGUGGGUAAAAAGGUAUCCCUCUACUGUCGCACGAUUGGAAAUCCAGUACCGACUAUAUCUUGGAAUCACGAAAAAAAUGUCGGACGUAGAAGUGAACUUUAUUUUGAUUCCGCGAGACUCGGCGACCAAGGAUGGUAUAAAUGCACGGCAAAAAAUGGAAUUGGCUCUCCAGCCACUGCCCGUACAUAUCUUGAUGUUGCAGAAAGAGCCAGUAAUUUGGUUAAUGCAAAGAUGACAAUCACCAACGAGAAAUUUGACAAAAGUCUCAGAAACAAAGAAAGCAGAAGAUACCAGAACCUCUCAAAGCAGGUUAUUGUAGCGGUUGAAGAUCUCUUUAGAAAUGAUAACAGCUACAACAGCACUGAAGUCGUACGUUUCGAAAGUGGCAGCGUGGUUGUAAUUUUCAAUUUAAGAUUCGAGCAAGCAGUGGAUAUUAACAGGAUCAUUUCUGUCUUGAAACACGCCGCACGAGACAGAAAACUUGGAAAAUUGAUUAUAGACCCAUCGUCGAUAGCGGCACUUCAAGAUUACAUUCAUCAAACGACAAGAUCGCCGAGGGUAUCCUCUUCAGGGUCCAAAUGGAUUAUAGGCGGUGCUUUAACAGGAUCUGUGGUUUUUAUCUUGAUCUGUAUUUUUACAUUCUGGUUUUGUUGGAGACGAAGGAAACGACGCCAUCGACCAAGUACUUCAGAUCCAUCUAAUGAAGUUAAAGAAGUGGUAGCUGAACACCCGAAUGGAAAUGAAAAAAGUCUACAGAUCCGCGAUACAAGACAUGAACCAUCGAAUGGAAAUGAGAAAAGUCUACAGAUUUGUGGAAACAAGGGGAUCCUGCAGACGAUAGAUCCUAGUGUUCUUAAAGGUGCAAAAAGUGCAAAGUAUACACGUGAAAGAAGGACUUCUGAUCAUGGAGAGACCAUAAAAGAAUCGUUUGAAGUACAGUUCUCAUAGCAUGGUCCUUUAGGGAUGACAGAAAAAAAAUUGAAAUACCGUUACCUCUUUUCUCUGAAUAAUAGUGAUGGAAUCGAAUCAUAGCAAAAUGUAAGAAAUUUAAG